UGUUGCUUCCUUUAUUGCAGACUUCUGUUACCUCCUGAAUGAAGAUGGAGAAUUUUUUCUUUGUAGAUGCAACGUAUUUCAUUGAAGUUGACCGGUUACUACGCCCAGGAGGUUAUCUAGUAAUCUCUGGUCCCCCUGUGCAGUGGGCUAAGCAAGAUAAAGAAUGGGCAGAUCUCCAGGCAGUGGCUAGAACAUUGUGUUAUGAGCUGAUACUUGUGGAUGGGAGCACUGCAAUCUGGAAAAAGCCUAAUGGGGAUUCAUGUCUCCCAAACCAAAAUGAAUUUGGGCUUGCAUUGUGUGAUGAAUCUGAUGACCCAAGUUUUGCAUGGUACUUCAAGUUAAAGAAAUGUGUGAGUAGGAUAUCUUCUGUCAAGGGAGAAUAUGCUAUUGGAAAAAUUCCAAAUUGGCCAGAGAGGAUAAUAAAAGCUCCUUCCAGGGCCACACAAAUGAAAAAUGGAGUUGAUGUGUUUGAAGCCGACACUCGGCGAUGGGCACGGAGGGUUGCAUACUACAAAAAAUCAUUGAACUUGAAGCUGGGAACUCCAGCCAUACGGAAUGUUAUGGACAUGAAUGCAUUCUUUGGAGGCUUUGCUGCAGCAAUAUCAUCUGAUCCUGCAUGGGUGAUGAAUGUUGUUCCAGCUCGGAAGCCUUCAACACUUGGUGUCAUUUAUGACAGAGGCCUUGUUGGAGUUUACCAUGAUUGGUGUGAACCUUUCUCAACAUAUCCUCGAACUUAUGAUCUCAUCCAUGUAGCUUCCAUUGAGUCGCUUAUAAGAGAUCCAGCUUCCAGAAAGAGCAGGUGUAACCUUGUGGAUUUGAUGGUGGAGAUAGAUCGAAUAUUGCGUCCAGGCGGAACAGUCGUAAUUCGAGAUUCGCCUGAGGUAAUCGACAAAGUAGGUCGGAUUGCUCAUGCAGUAAGAUGGACUGCUACCAUACAUGAAAAGGAACCUGAAUCACACGGGAGAGAGAAGAUUUUUGUGGCCUCAAAAAAAUUUUGGAAACUACCUUCAUCGUCCCACUAAAACACCCGUCUGUUCUUUGUAAUGUAGGUAUAUUUCUUUCGAUCUCCUCUAGUUUUUCAUUUGAAACUAAGAACUCAAUCCAGGCAUCAAACGAUGCAGCUUUCUUUCUUGUUAUUCCUCAUUUACUUUAACUUACAUGAGGAGGUAGUUAUGUUAGAAUGAUAAGUGUAUAAAAAUGGAUAUAUUCAAUUAUAAUGCAAUGUUGCUUCUUCUAGCUGGGAAGGGCCAUCUU